UUCUUCGAAGGCGAAGUGAAUAAAAAAAAUACAAAGGAUUCGUCGUAGUCAUGGGUUGUAAUGGGGUUAUAAUUGCAGGGUCUGUAUUGGAUCGAAUCAAUCGAAUGGUCGGGGGAUGAUGGACGGUGGUAGGAGUAAAGAAGUAGGCGGUAUCGAUAAGGAAGACGGAGAAGAGCAGUAGCCUGAAAUGAGACGACGAGGAUUCAUUCAGUAUUAGGUCUGUCCUACAAUCGUACAGAACUGGAGGAGAGCCAGCCGGACGACGCGACGACACGACACUCACUCUCCGACCGAGUACACGUCCAUCCAUUCCGCACCUGACAUUCAUCGAGCUCAGCCACCGCGGACUAAUCUGAGUGGCAAAAUUCGCGCGCGCCUUCGCACACCUCUUCUUCCACGUGCAACAGAAGUUUCAUCAAAAGUUCAAAAAGUACAAGUCAGUUAGUUGUAUGUCUUAACCAUCUGAAAGACACUAAAGUUCCUAACUAAUCAAAAUCGGAUAAUUACUCACUUUACUAUCAAUCUCAUUUGCUGCACAAACCAACGCAAAUCGAAGCUCAACGUCGAAAAGUGCAGAAGAAGUGGUAUUUUUUAUUGUUAUUCAAAGACGUAAAAAGUGCAGUGUAUCGUUAUUAUUACCAUUUUUGGUAGUUCUAAACCAAUUUUGGUAUCCUGAAGAAUGAUGGCCUCGACGAGAACAGUUGUCUGGUGCGUUGCCGCGUGUUUUCUGCAGUUGAUAAGUGCCAACGAAGUGCAGGAUUUUAUCGCGAGUAACGUUUUAUCGGAUGGCGAGUACGAGACCAGGAUCCACUACAAAGGUGUGACAGCGAAGGAAACCACAGUUGCCAAAGGAUACCGAAAUGGUCUGAGAUUUCGUCAGCUCUCGGACGGAAGAAAUUUCAUCCAGCUGAUAUACGAUGAUAGCGACACGAUCCGCGACUGCGAGUACAUCCGGGAUCGGAACGAGACCUUGAAAUUCCUGAAGGCGUUUAAGGAUGAUCUGAGGUUGCUGGUGGCUCAAUCCAAUGUGACCGUCGACGCGCUGGACGGAAAGGAGCUACCGUCAUUCGCGGCCUCCUGGUUCGACUAUCACAAGCUGAAGAGGCUUUGCGAGAGGCGGCACCGCGAGCUCCAGAAGGCCCUCGGGCAGAAUGCCACGUCAGUUAUAGAGAGCGAGAGGAGAUCGAAAAGGUCAUUGCUAAUAUUGCCGGGUACAGUUUGGUGCGGUCGAUCAGAUGAGGCCUCCAGAUACACGGACCUGGGGAAAAUGUCCCAGACGGAUAGAUGCUGUCGAAAACACGAUCACUGUAAGAGGAACAUCGGGGCCUUCACCAAGAAAUACGAUUACAAUAACAACUCGCCCUUUACCAUAUCGCAUUGUUUCUGUGACGCAAGAUUUAAGAGAGAUCUGUCGGAUCUGUUGCGCGUGCCGGGCACCAAGUGGUGUGGCAAAGGGUUCGCCGCAACGAAGUUCACCCAACUGGGCGGCUUCUCCAGGACGGACAAGUGCUGUCGCGUCCACGACACCUCGUGUCCUUUCUGGAUCGACGGCUUCCAAACCAAGUAUGGACUCUUCAACUGGAGAGUCAACACCUUGAUGCACUGUUCCUGCGACGAACGCUUUCGGACCUGUCUGAAGAUGGUGGACACCGGCGACUCUAACCUGGUCGGUAAGAUCUUCUUCGACAUCGUCCAGACAAAGUGCUUCGUUCUCAAGCGGAAGAAGGUCUGCAACAAAUACUCCUGGUGGGGCAAAUGCAUCAAGAAGAAAACGAUCAAACAGGCGGUGCUGCGACGAAACCCCCAGUACAAAUGAGUACAAUAUAAUUUUAUAUUCACUUAUAAAAACAAAUACAAUUAAAUCCCCGCACCAUCCAUCCAGUACCCCGACAUUUUGAAUAUACACUCAAACGCUGUAUAAAUAAUUUUAUCUUAUUUUCUUCCUUAAUUAAUUAAUUAAUUUUAUUUAUUGCGCGAGACAGAACCGAAACUUAUCGCGCCACAUAUAUGUGUAUUUUAUAUUGUAUAUUUUAUUUUUGUAUAAAUGCUGUACUUAAUGUGUUUUUUUAAUUAUUUUUUUUCGUUUCGAAUAAUUGGAGCCGGGUUUUCUCUCAAUUUGCGAUCGAUUCGAUUGAUUUCGUUGUGAUUUUAACUGUGUUCGUAAAGUAAUGAAUUAUAUAUAUAUAUAUUGUAAUUAUUAUAUACUUAUAUUAAUUGCCCUACUUUAUCACGAGUAUCCACAAAUGCCAUCGGAGCCAAAAAGGUGGUAAAGUAAACGUCAACUUAGGUAUCUAGUUUUUAAUAUAUAAUAUAAUAACUUAUUAAUUGCUAUAUUUACUAUAAACUCUUUACUCGUGCCAAAUAUACUGAAUCAUCGCAGACUUUAGACAAUAUGAAUGAAUACGUGUAUUACUAUCGAGUGGACUGAUUUUAUUCCUCUGUCUUCUUUACAAAACUACUGAGUACGAUUUUUUAAAUUAUACAUUUGUUUUUAAACACUAAAGAUGAUAUUACAUAUAAGUAAAGUUGUAAGAAUUAAUUAAAUUGUAAUAGCAUUUGAAAAAUUAAGUAAACAGAAGGUUAACUAGUGAUGUUGUGAA